GCGAUUUUGUGACCGUUGGAAUGAUGUUCUACGCUUUCAAGCUAUUGCCAUUUGUUACAAGUGUCACGAAAAUCCAGAAAUGUAUUAAUUAUUUCGACACCCUCGGUUACAAAAUCCUCAAAAGUGAAGAGAAAAUCAUUGAGGAUUGUGUUGGCAGUUGUCGUCGCAACACAAACGUCUUUUUCGUUGGUUGUUGUCUAAGUUGGAUGGGUUUUGUUGCACAAGUUUUUCUAAGAGAUGAGCCUCAGCAGUUACCACUUAAAGUGUGGUUUCCCUAUAGCAGGGACGAAAGUCCUGUGCUUUUUUAUUGCAUUUACAUUCUUCUUAUUUUUGGACCUGGUUAUUCUGUUCUUGCUUGUGGGACAAUUGAUCCCAUGAUUGGAGGUCUGGCUUAUCACGCCGCUGCUCAACUUCAGCGCCUCAAAAGGAAUUUGCAAUAUCUGGAUGAGUAUAUUAAGGAAAAAAAUGUAGGUAAAAGUAAAGAAAACAAGCGUGGCGUUAUUUAUGAAGAAAUAAUUAGUUGUGUACAACGGUAUCAGGAAAUAGCAACUUUUGUCGACUUGUUUAAAGACUCUUUCUCACAGGUCGUGUUUAGCCAAUUUAUGGGAAGUGUUUUUCUCAUCGGUUUGUGUUGCUUUCAAAUUAUAACAGCGACGGAGGUUGAUAUAAACUUUGUCAUAACUGCGAACUACAUUUGGGUCAUAUUAUUUCAGAUAUUUUUUUAUUGUUACUACGGGACAAUGUUGAUAGAGGAGAAUUAUACACUAACAAAUGCCAUUUAUUUGAGCAAUUGGUACGAGUAUAGCAUUCCAGAACAAAAGGCACUUUUUAUGUUAAUGGAACGCUCAAAAAAACCGAUGAUUGUGACCGCUGGAAAAAUUUUAGAUCUGUCUUUGGACACAUUCACAAUGAUAUUAAGACGAUCGUAUUCACUACUUUGUUGUUUAAAAUAAAACUUACCGCAAAACUUAGUGGUAGUGGAGUACCAGUCGUUACAAAGCUAGACACCCUAAUAAAG